AUGCUGGCCCCGGGCAGCGGCCCCGAGCUGAGCACCUGGUUUGCCCCGCUGUGGAGGCAGAUCUCUUGGCUCACCUGCUGGAUCGCCCUGUGCACGGCGGAGGCCGCCCCCGCCUGCCCCUUGCCCUGCACGUGCGACGGCCACGGCCUGCAGGUGGACUGCAGCGGCCGGGGCCUCGCCGCGCUGCCCGCGGACCUGCCGGCCGCCACCCGCAGCCUGCUGCUCCUGAACAACAGGCUGAGCUCCCUGCCCGCCGGGGCCUUCGCCGGCCUGUCGGGCCUGCAGCGGCUGGACCUCUCCAACAACUUCCUGGACGGGCUGCCGCGCGCCGCCUUCGGGGGGCUGGCCAACCUGACGGAGCUGCAGCUGCACAACAACAGCCUCCGCGCCCUGGACCCCGAGCUGCUGCGGCCCCUGGCGCGCCUGCGCCACCUCGACCUGUCCCUCAACGGCCUGGCCCGGCUCCCGCCCGGCCUCUUUGACGGGCUCCCCGCCCUGCGCUCCCUGUUCCUGCGCGCCAACCGCCUGCAGAGCCUGGACCGGCAGACCUUCGAGCCCCUGGCCAGCCUGCAGCUGCUGCAGGUGGGGGACAACCCCUGGGAGUGCGACUGCCACCUGCGGGACUUCAAGCACUGGCUAGAGUGGUUCUCCUACCGAGGGGGGCGCCUGGAUCAGCUGGCCUGCACCCUGCCCAAGGAGCUGAGGGGAAAGGACAUGCGCGUGGUCCCCAUGGAGAUGUUCAACUACUGCUCCCAGCUGGAAGACCAGAACAGCUCAGCCGGGCUGGAGGUCCCCGGGCCACCCUGCACCAAGGCCAGCCCGGAGCCUCCCAAGCCCAAGCCGGGCCCCGAGCCCGAGCCCGAGCCCAGCACCGCCUGCCCCCAGAAGCAGAGGCCGCGGCCCGUGAGCGUGCGGCGGGCCAUCGGCACCGUGAUCAUCGCGGGGGUGCUGUGCGGUGUGGUCUGCAUCAUGAUGGUGGUGGCCGCUGCCUACGGCUGCAUCUACGCCUCCCUCAUGGCCAAGUACCAUCGGGAACUCAAGAAGCGCCAGCCCCUCAUGGGUGACCCGGAGGGCGAGCACGAGGACCGGAAGCAGGUCUCCUCUGUGGCCUGA